AAGCAGACUGCUUAUACAAAUUCUUGUUAAAGAAUGGGUCGCUCUCAGGAGCUCAGUGAAUUCAAGCAUGGUACCGUGAUAGGUUGUCACCUUUGUAAUAAGUCCAUCUGUGAAAUUUCCUUGCUACUAAAUAUUCCACGGUCAGCUGUUAGUGGUAUUAUAACAAAGUGGAAGCAACUGGGAACAACAGCAACUCAGCCAUGAAGUGGUAGGCUAUGUAAAAUGACAGAGCAGGGUCAAUGCAUGCUGAAGCGCACAGUACGCAGAAGUCGCCAACUGUCUGCAGAGUCAAUAGCUUUGGAGUGACGAAAUCAUGCUUCUCUGUCUAGCAAUCCGAUGGACAUGUUUGGGUUUGGUGUUUGGGGAUGGCCCCUUCCUGUUCCAACAUGACUGCGCACCAGUG